GUCGGCCGUGGCGCGCACUCGGGGCCAUCGCCAUCGUCCGCCGUCCACCAAGUCGGCGACGGCGAUUCGUCUCGGUGCAAGGCGUUUAUUUUUAUCCGUGUCGUGCACGCAACUUCACACGUGUCGUCGAGUGCUCCAGCGACGACGCGACGCGAUGUUUCGCCGAAUCUAUCGCAUAUACAGUGAUUCCAUCAUCUACUCCGUCUCAGCCGCUCGCUCGAUCGGCGGUCUGUCUCUAUAGAUACGCGUAUACAUAUAUGCGUAUGCAUAUACACGUAUAUACGCCGUAUGUCCGUCUCGCUCGCACCCGACAGUUCGCUGUUAUGACACAGGGAAUAAAAUAUGAGGGCUGGAAACGUAUAGAAGGAAAUUCCUGGAAGAAAAUUCGGCUGCCAGCGGGACGAGCGGAUUCACUCUCUGUUGAACGGCCAUCUCUCUUGGAUGCUCUCUUUCUUUCUCUCUCUCUCUCUCUCUCUCUCUCUCUCUCUCUCUUUCUUCCAAGAUUGUGUCAUCACAUCUGUUCAAGCUUCGACAAAAGGCAUUUCCAUGUUUGGGCAGGACCCUCGAAGUAGGAGUGUCGCCAAAGGCAUUUAAAUCCACAGUGGCGAAAGGAACCAAAGGAGGGAGAGACGAAGGCAAAAGGGAAAAGAAGCAGGGACGGACAACGUCCGGACGGGAUCUGGUGUAAGCGAAGCUCGACUCGUCGUGCUCGUUCGACGAUUGUCGCAGGAUCUCCGGAAGCAUUCAAGAUUUCACGAUUAGAGAAACGUUGUCGCGCAACGCGAGAGAGAAAGAGAGAUAGAGAGAAAUAAAUUGCUAAUACGAUGGAUACAAUGGAUAUGAGAAAAGACCGUCGAUCGACGAUAAAUGUUUCUGAAAAGGACGCAUCGCGAUCGAAUGAAUUACCGGUUGCGGUAAUUCAUAGGGCGGGAAUCGGCGAACUUUUAGCGAGACAAGCGAUGGUCUGGUGCCGUUACUGGCUGCAAACAUUUCCCAUAAGAAUGACGUUGAAUAACGUCGGAUUGUUGACGGUGUUUCUGGCGAUAGUGUCGCCGCGAUCCCUUAUUUAUAGGCUCGUUUAUCCGAUUUUCAGAUUGGUCUUCGGCACCUUAUACCCGGCAUACGCUUCCUACAAGGCAGUGCGCACGAAAAAUGUCAAGGAAUAUGUUAAAUGGAUGAUGUACUGGAUAGUAUUCGCGCUGUUCACAUGCGCGGAAACAUUCACCGACGUCUUCUUUAGUUUUUGGUUCCCGUUUUACUAUGAGAUUAAAAUCAUCCUGGUGCUGUGGCUGCUAAGCCCGGCUACUAAGGGCUCCAGUAUUCUUUAUCGGCGCUUCGUGCAUCCCGCGCUAAUCCGUCGUGAAGCCGAGAUCGACGAAGCCCUAGCACGUGCGACCGAGCAGGGUUAUACGGCGGUGCUGCAUCUCGGUACCAAGGGCGUGAACUAUGCCACCACGGUCCUCAUGCAGACUGCCAUCAAGGGCGGCGGUGGGCUGGUGCAACAAUUGAGGAAAAGUUACAGCCUCAGUGAUCUAACCGGCGAGAAGGAGGAUGAAAAUAGAAACACACCCGAUGCGCGUGACGAAACAGAUAUGGAAGAACCUCGUCGAAGAGAGCACAUUGGCAGAAGAGGCUAUAGUCCUCGCAGGACUCAGUCCAGCAGCAAUGCGUCUCGAGUAGAGAUGUAUUUUUCCGAAGUGGAUGUCGAUGUUCGACAGCCAAGGCCUAGGGAGCCCAUAGCUAGUUUAACAAAUAUAAGGUCCUCGGACGACAUAUCUAGCGGUUACAGUAGCGGCGAGGCGUUGCAAUCCCAGCGAACGACUUCUCAGGGUGACUCUUUAGUGAGAACAUCAAGCGUCGGUGCGAGAACACGCGUGAAGCCUCGUUCUACCGCGAAGAAGACGCCCGAAGACAGGGGCGAGGAUUUCGACCGCACACCUUCCGAAAAUGUCUCCCUACCAUCGUCCUUAAACGUCCUGACUCCUGAACAAGCUGUCGAGCUUUUACUGUUAUUAUCUCAAAAUAAUAAAUCGGUAGACCGUUCGACAUCUAUUAUCGCUCAUAUCGAUAACGAUAAAUCCGCAAACGAAAACAAAUCCGCAAUGAAAAUAGAAGAUAAUGAAUCAUCAUCAAUGGAAUCGAGCGGCGAGUUCGUUGACACAGACUCGGCUCAAAUAGACGUGCAAACAGUGCAGACCAUAGAGAUCAAGAAUAUCUCGAUGGAAAACUUGUCAAUACCUGCGGUAACAAAAAGCGCAGACAAAAUAAAUAUCGAUUGUUUGAUAAAGGAAUCUGAUUCUCAGCAAAGCGAUUCUAACACGCAAAUUGAAUAUAUUGAUGAACCGAAAAGUAAUCAAGGAGUAGUUCCAACUGUUUCCCAAAAGCCUGAUACAGAAACUGGUCUUGGACGAAUAACCGGCGAGAUAUGUCAGCAAAAAUUCAACGAAUUGAAGCAACUAUUAGAUGAUGCGCACAAAGCUGUAACAAGCAUCGUAUCUUCCCAAGAAAAGUUGAAUACAAUCGACAAAGGUAAGGAAUAUAUACGGGAAAUUAAGACUGACGAUUCGUUAAGUACUUGUGCUUGCGAUACUGCGGUUCAAUCUUCCAUUACGUCAAGUACAUCGAAUUGCGAUCUUGAUGGUGAUACUCGCGCAGGAAAAUAUCAUAAAAAGCCCGCUCCGAAAGCUCCAACAAGUAACGAGGUAAUAAGUAAUGAAGAUAUUGACGAAAACGAGUCUCAAAAUGCUUUAAAGGCCACCUUGGUCAUUAAAACUGGUACAUUGAGAACUGUUUCAAACGCGGAUGCUACGAAAGAUAUAUUCUUAGCACAUAUCCCGGACAUGAAAAAAAGAAAGAAGAAAUCUAAUAGAUUACGCGCUAAGGAGAGUUUUUCCAAAUUAUUAACGAUCCCGAAGAACAUCUUUCACAAUGCUUUCCACAAGGAACAAAAUGAAGCUUCCGCUAAAGAGGAAGAUUCCAGCUCCUCGUAUUCUGAGACCAGUGGAUCCGUAUCAAGAUCGAGUAGUAUCGGAUCCCAGGCGUUUGUAGACACAUCCUCAAAAUUAUCUGUUUCAAAGCAAGAAGUGGACGUAGAAGAGAUUCCACUGAGACAGGAACGCGAUGACAGCAUUAAAAAUUUCGACAAAACUAAUACUUUCGCUGAUAAUUUGGAUACUAAGAUUGUGCCCUUAAAUGAAAUUAAAGCUUUUAAAAUUGAAGAUAAUAAGAAAGAAGAAGGUGCAAUGAAUACAGAAAAAUCCGAAAAUCAUGAAGAGAAUAUUGAAAAUGAAUCGAACUCACAGAUUCGUGAUAUGUCACAGUCGCUGCCUUACAGCAACAGAAAAGAGAUUAUCACUGACAUUAAUUAAACGCAUUUCAUUAAGUCGCAUAUUUCAUAGAGAAAUUAUAUUAGCUGUACUAAAUAAUUACAUAUACUUGUUUUUGUCUUUGAUGUUUUUAAAAUAUGAUAAAAGCUUGUUCGUUCUCUCUAUCCUAGUUUUCUCCCAUAUUUCGUAUUUUAUCCUAAUAGGAAAUUCGGCCAGAAGAGAUGGACUGUUUCAUUAAGAUCAUAACAAGUUUCGCUACCUUACCUCGCAGUAAGAAGACCAGUAAGAAAAAAGUGGCAUGAAACCUUCCUGCUGCUGACCGCAUUAAGGAGUAAGACCAAGUCCCUUGUAACGAAGGCAAAUAAAGUAUCUUCAUCGGUGUGUGGAUCAAAUAUUUGCACCAGUCAAUAACGGAUACACUAAUAGGAAAUGCUGACAGCUUUGUCAUCCUUGGGAAAAAGAAACAUAUAGAUAAUGUUUAUAUAUAUAUCGAACUCCGAUCACGUCGGAUCACGUUGCACCGUUGCUCACAGGCAUCCGACAUGUUGUUAUAUAAUACAAUAAUUUCCCAUAUGUAUCUUAAGCUCUCGCGAGAGAGUCUAGCUUUUAUAUGCUAACAUUUGGUAGUGCUGUCGUAGGUAAGGAGGACUUGAUACAUAUUGCAUGCAGUAUAUCUGCUUACGAAUAUGCUUUGAUUAUAACGAAACUUGCCACAAUCGCGACGUAGUCGAGAAUGGAGUAGAAAAAGAAAUCCGCUAUCUAAAUCAGGGAUUUCGACGCUUGAUUCUCAACGCGUAGGCAAUCGAACAAUAAGGGAAUUCUCUACGAACCAGCGACUGUGAAAUCACCACGAAAUGACUUUGAUAUUGCGAACGCUAUUGUAAUCGAAUAAAAAUCGAAUUCUAGUCAAUCAGGAAGAUAAGUAGGAACUCAGACCACAUUGAAAUAGUGCCACACGAUUGCCCGUAUAUAAUUCUCUUUUCACUACCAAAUAGUAAUUGUUUGAUGGACUGUCUAAUUACGAUUAUGUAUGCGUAUGUCGCAAAGUAUUGUGUGGACUUAAUCGAAUAGCUGUUUUUCCUCGCACGGAAUCUGAAGAGAAAUCGCGCGAAUUUCUUUUAAAAAAACAAAAGAAACUCUACUUGCGUAAGGUGCAACGAUUUGUCUAUUAAUCCGUGACAAAUUGUUAAGAGUAUUGUUGAGAGAGAAAUGUGCGAGAUCACUUUCAGUUUUUGCACGCUUACAAUUCGAAGACAAGGUAUUAGCGAUGUACUUUAAUAGCCAGUUUACUUUAUGAUUGUAUUCUUCAUAUUAUUUUAUUGUAUUAUUAUUAUUCAUAUUAUUAAUUUAAAAUGUACCCUGCUUGUGUAAUUCACGCGAUAAAUUUUAAGUAUUUAUCGUGCAUAAUUAUAAUUACAUUUAUAUUUCGGUAUGAUCCUUUCAUCAGGGCGAACGAUUCUACAUCGUAUGCUCACGAAAGACUUACGCACAAGUCCUAUGACUUUCAAAUUUAUUGUGUCUAUAUGUUAAUGGAUUCGUGUAUAGUUUAUCGUGCUAUACUUUAACGUUCAUUGCAUAUCUUAGGCAAAAUUAACAUAUUACGUACAAUUAACAUAAAUUUAGAGACAAGAAAAACGUGGAAAAUGGUGUUGUACACUCGACGAGUAAAAUAUUCGAUACGUUAACAAUUGUUGAUUUUACGUGUAUAUAAGUUUGAUGCAAAGUUCAUGAUAUCAUUGGAGAAGAAAAAUGUAGCAAAUGCUUUUUAUACACUUCGUGAUGUAUAAAUUAUGUAUAAAUGAAAUCUGAUAAAAUAUGAAGUAUAUAAAUGCGGAUCUUUAUGCAAAAUAGAUAUUUUUAUCCAAUCCAGAUGUGCAAUAUUCGUACGAAAUAUGCAUUUGCUGCAUUUUAUCUGCGUCUUUAUAACACGACUCGUUAAAAGACGUUAAUACGUAUUUGUCUCAAACUUUAUAAAUAUAUAUACGAGAAUAUGUGAUAAGAGAGUGAGUGAAAGAGUAAGAGAAAAUGCUCAACUAUGAAUCUCUACCGAUAUUAAAUGAUCGGUUUCCUAAUAGAUCUUAUAUAUAAAGACAUCUCUCGUUCUUUGUAAGUAUUCGACGCCUCUGGCGCAUAAAUUAUGCCCCGAGUUCUUAUGGUGCUGCGAUCUUUGUAAUUUGUUUUAUAUUCUGUACGUCGAUAUACAAGAAAAAGAAAAAUCGAAGAUAAGUUUGAAACAAAAUCAUUCUGUAUUCGAGUUACUUACCGAUGCAGAGUGAAAUUGGUUAACAGUAGUUCAGGCAUAGUGUAGCGAAUAAAUGACAUUAAAGUACGA